AAGGGGAGGGGGCGGGAGCGGGCAGGGGGAGGGGAGGCACUUGGGGAGCGGGGGAGGGAGAGGAGAGGAAGGGGGAGGAGAAGAGGGGGGCCGAGGGAGGAUGGGGAGCGAGGCAGGAGGGGGAGGGGCCUCAGCGAGCCCAGAAAAACGACAACGCGAGAAAAAUUAGUAUUUUUGCACUUCACAAAUUAAUGACCAUGAGCUCGUUUUUGAUAAACUCCAACUACAUCGAACCCAAGUUCCCGCCCUGCGAGGAGUUCGGGGCGCCCAGCGGCCCCGACGCGGGAGGCUAUCCCCCGCCCCCGCAGCCCCCGCAGCCCCCGCACCUGCAGCCACCCUCGGGGGCCGGCCGUUCGCCCCCCGGCUACUAUCGCCCUUCGCGGGCUGGGCCGGAGCCUGGGUACCCGUCGCCCACACCCCCUGCCGCUCUCUACCCCGCGCCCCCCGCUGCCGGCUCCCGCUACCCGUACGGCUACGGCCGCACCAGCCCGGGCCGGGCAAGGCAAGAGCAGCCCCCGCCGCCCCCGGCCCCCAGCCAAGGGCCGACCCGGGUUGCGGCUGCCGCCCCAGCUGCCCCCGCAGGGCAGAGCUUGCUUUCGGCUAGCCACGUCCUUCAGCCCCCGCAGCCGCCACCCCACCCUGCGCCCCCUCCGCCUCCCCCGCCUCCUGCUCUCCCCCGCCGCAGCGAGGCCGCCCCAGCCGCCGCGGGCAGCCCCCCGGGGUGCCCCCUGCUCCUCGCGGACAAGAGCCUAUGCGGCCUGAAAGGCGGCAAGGAGCCCGUGGUGUACCCUUGGAUGAAAAAGAUCCAUGUCAGCACCGUCAACCCCAAUUACAAUGGAGGGGAACCCAAACGCUCCCGAACCGCCUACACCAGGCAGCAGGUCUUGGAGCUGGAGAAGGAGUUUCAUUUUAACCGUUACCUGACCCGGCGGCGUCGCAUCGAGAUCGCUCACACGCUCUGCCUGUCCGAGCGCCAGGUCAAGAUCUGGUUUCAAAACCGGAGAAUGAAGUGGAAGAAGGACCACAAACUGCCCAACACCAAGAUGCGCUCCUCGGCCCCGGCCCCGGGCAGCCAGCCCCCCAAGGCGCAGACUCAGGGCCCGCAUCUUCCCCCUCGCCACCAGCCAGGUGCCUCCACACCCAACUCCUCCACGCUCUAAUCGUCCACAUCCCCAGACCCAUUUAAUUCCCUCCCUGCUUCUUCCUUUCUUCUUCUGCUCCUCUUCCCGCACCCCCUUCUGUCUGGACCAAAAAUAAACGGGACACGACACCCAACUACGCGUUUGUAAAUACUAAAAAUGGGAGAGAGAAGACGUGAUCCCUGCACGGCAGAGGAGGCCAAGUUGUCACCCAGUUCUGGACCCAGUUCAGAUACUGGCUGGCUGGCCUACCAGUGGGCUUGUUUAUUUAUGGAAAUGCUCCCCGAGCUGGGCUGUGAAGUUCGGUAUCCAACUAACAAGGACUCCGUUGUAUGCAGUGUUUUUGAAAUGGCGAAAAUGAACAGUCCUAUCCAGUGGUGACUAGACUAGUAGUGCAGUUCUCGGGAAAUGUUCACCCACAGAUAGUGCGAACAAUAGAGCAGGGCCCCUCCCCGCUUGUAGUGUCCCCCACCCACCCAAAGCAGGCUGCAGAAAGGGAUCCGAAACCAAGAAGAGGAGAGGACGUUUGGGAUGUCACAAGGUUAUUUAAGUGGUCUCCAGGUGUAUAGUCCCUGAUGAUGUUUGUGACACAUUAGUUUCUCUUGAUUUCAUUAUUUAAAAUAUUGUUAGAGGUUUAUUGUUGUCUUACUCUCUGGCCCAGCUCUAACUGGCAAGAGGGGGCCCAUUUAGAUCCACGUGAGACUGUCAGUUGUGGGUUUUGGUGUAACUGUAUAUGGAGCCAAGUGCUUCGAAUAAAUCCUGUAAAACAACAACAACAAACUAUGGUAUUAAAAGCUUAAAACAA